AUCCGUUGGCCAAAGGCGCAACUUCAGUUUCGUACUCGAGUGAUAAAAAAUUUAGCUACUUUGUUCUACUUGUGGAUGAACACACGCCGACGGGUCAGUUUAGCAUUGAAGCAGGGGAAGCCCAGCAAAGCAUACUGUUGAAAGAUGCCCCAACAUCCGGACGAACCGAAAUCCGGUGCUUCUUCGAGGCGCGGUUCCCUCCAUAUCGAAAAUGAAGGUGAUCGUGACAUGUCCUCAUCCCCUUUGGUGCGAAGGGCAGGAAGCGCCAUCAUCGACCUCGCAGUAGGCAUCCUAAGCAAGCACAAGAAGAAGCAAGUGUCGACUGCUGAAGCUGAAUGUCUCGAGCACAUUCGAAACUCCGAAGUGCUUCAAGAUGGAUGGCUUACGAAGUGUGGUGGAUCAGUGAGGUCUUGGAAGAGAAGAUGGUUCAUUCUGGUACAGUCCUACCUCUGUUACGCCAAGGAAAAGAAUGAUACGGAAAUCCUGGGUGCAAUACCCCUGACACUGUACAGCUGCGUGGAUGCUCCUCAGCUGGAUAAAUCACAUGCUUUCAAGUUGCAAUCCGAGGACUCCACGCAGCGUACCUACCUCAUCCACGCUUCAUCUGCAGAAGAAAAGGUGACCUGGAUGACCAUGAUCACAAACACAAGACAGAACUUGAGCGACAGGCAAGCAUCUGGCGACGCACUGGGUCUGCCCGAGCCGCUGCUCAUUGACAACAGCGAAGUGAUUGCGGAAACGCCGGACUUUGCUCCGCCGACACCGGUAUGCUUCACGCCUGAUCGGUCGAGCUUUGCCGAACUGAGCAUGCCGCCUCCAAAUCUGGCUCCUAUAGCCGAUGGGGUGUCGGUAGAAGUAGACGCAGGUCCACCACCCCCGGCACUGUCACCAGCUGCACUGGCAGAGCCACCGGCUUCCAAUCCCACCAUCGGCAUAGCACAUGGCCAGGACUCAACCUCACCACCAUCGGCACGGAAAAUGUCACCCAGGCAUCCUCCACCGCCGCCUCCUUCGCCAUGCACCCGGUGAGGCCUUUUCUUUUCAGGCAAAGCUUGAGAUGUUAGUCCACUGCCAUGAGACCGGAUAUCACAUACUAGCAUAAUUACGUAUAUCAGCCAACACAUACAUACAUUUAUAAUAGUAUUGCUUGUCUGUGAAGCAGAGUUCUACUGAGCAGAUAGUAUACUGGUACUUCUAGGGGUCUUUUCCAAUUUUGCAUCAUUUUAUGACCACUCCUGAUUUCUAGAUUUUCAACAAGAAUUUUUUAUGAGUGGCAGAGCAUUUCCCCAGUCUUACAGUUUUAUUUAGAAGCUCUGCUUGCAUCAUUUUCAUCGACGUCAAAGUCAUCUCAUGCACGGUUAUACAUGUAGCCAUGUAGAUCUUUAGGCAGUUUAGGCCGGGCAGCAAUGACAUUAUGUCUCCUUUUAGCUCUAAACUGCUAAUAUAGCCUAUAGGGUAGGAUUUUACGUAUCAUUUUAUAGGUGAUGUAGUAGUAUCAUAUUCAUACUUGUAGUAGAGAUGUUCAGUUGUAGACUUGUGGUACACCACCGAUGAUUUAUUUAUUGUUACAGUGUGACGCCGCAUCAUUGCUAGUAAUUUGUUCAGGAUUGUAUGCUCGAAGCAUUAUGUACUCUUGUACUAGCACGUGCAUACAUUAUAGAGAAAGCAACCGUAACGGCGGCUUAUUUUCCAAUUCAA